CGGGCGUCGCCUCCUUCCCCUCACUUCUCUGCGGUUCCUGCUCAGCUUGUGCGCUCUUGGUGUCGGCGAUCGCUCGAGUUCUCGAAGAAGAAGAAGAGGAAGAAGAGGCAAUGGGUCACUCUAAUGUCUGGAGCUCUCACCCCAAGAACUACGGCCCUGGUUCUCGCGCAUGUCGCGUGUGUGGGAAUCCUCAUGGUUUGAUCAGGAAAUAUGGACUCAUGUGCUGCAGACAGUGUUUCCGCAGCAAUGCCAAGGAGAUUGGCUUCAUCAAGUACCGCUGAAGAGCUAAUACUCUCUGCACCCCGACGAUUUCCCAGUGCAAGCACUCUCUUAGAGAUCUAGGUUUGCCGUAAUUUUAAAGAUGAUUUUGUUUUGGCGUCAUUGUUAUUGGAGCUGACGUUGGGACUCGAAAUAUGUAAGGAUCGCCUAUUUGAGUUUGCAAAACUCUAAUUUUUCUUGUUCA